GUCCACCGUUAAAAAGUUGUUAAUUUUGAUGAAAAGUUGGCGUUACACAGCGUGAGAAAAAGGAGACGUGGCACACAUUCUUGCUACCAAAUGGCUACUAAAUCAAAUACAGAAAUGUCAGAUUGGAUUAAGUUCUUCACUGCAGCAGGGAUACCACCUGGUCCGGCAGCCAAGUACGCCAUGACGUUCAUGGACAACCGAAUCCAGAAGAGCAUGUUGAUGGACCUGACUAAGGAGUAUCUGAAAGAAAUGGGCGUUAGCGUCAUGGGUGAUGUUAUAUGCAUCCUGAAGUAUGCAAAGUCGGCCUACUCACAGUAUGAAAGAGAUAGGCCUAUCCUAGAAGCCAUGCCUCAACCACAAGAUGGCAAAAUAGAACUCAAACGACAAACAACUCCUGGCAACCGUAUGUUGGAGCAUUACAUGCGUAGGGAAGGCAUUCUGGAAGAGAAUCCUAAGGUUAAGGUCUCCACAGCCAUGGCCACCCGACUUGGAGCUGUUCCCACCACAGGCUCCAAGAAGAAUGCGAUGGGGAUACCUGGAUCAGUGGAGGUCAUCCCAGUCAAGAAGGCACGCAGGGUACCCCCAGAGGAAGAGGGCUCUUACAUCAUCUCCCUGCCCAAGGGAAGCACAGAACGUACUAAGAAGAUCCUAGGCCAGAAGGCCAAAGUCGGAGUGUUUGCACGACUAGGUGCUGGUUCAUCUGGUGCAGCAGCAGUUGGAACCACUUCAUCAGCAGGAAUUAUUGCCGCCAAAGCAACAACAGCAAGUACAGGGAAAAAGGCUGGCUCCCCGAAUGUGUUCAAUCGACUCGGUGGGCAGAACACAAUACCGUCUCCGCCCUCAAGUCCAGUACUCCAGUACCACGGAGUACUGAAGAGCCCUCCUCAGCCUUCACCUACUCCGAAGGUCACGAUCACAGCUGCCGCUAAAGCUAAGAAGAUUUCAGCAGUACAAGAGCGUCUAGGAGUCCAGCGACCAGAGGUGUCUACCACAACGACCUCCCAUAUGGAUACAGUGGGUUUGAAACACAGCCUUCAAGCUCGUUUGGGCGGUCAGAAAAAUGAGACGUCACCAGGUGCCUCUCAAAAAAUGACAAUCACGUUUGGCAAUGACGGUGCGCCUACUGGUAGCAAGAAGUCGGCAGGAAUCAUGUCGAGACUGGGGGCCCAGAAGGAUGAUCCCCCAUCGCCGAAGUUGAAGCAGAUGAUAUCGCUGAAGCCAGGUGUCGCGAAACGUCUCGGUGACAAGAGGAACUCUCCAAAGGUUACUGCAAAGACAAAGGCCACUUCUAGUGGGGUCAUGGCAAGGUUAGGGCAAAAACAGGGCACUACGGCGACAGUGACUCUACCAGCAACUCCAGCAGGCAGGCUGCAGAAACGACUUGGGCUGCCAGUCAAGAGCGCCACCACCCCAAAGAGCUCCAUGAAAGAACGUCUCGGUCUUCAGAAGGCUGAAGCUAGCUCUACAACGCCGUCGUUUACGGUAACCUUGGGAACCACCCCUACCAGUCAGAAGUCACCAGGUUCAUCAAGGAAGAGGAAGAGAAAAGCCGGCGGAGCUCAGGUUCAAACUUCUCUAAGAUCAGUCGCCAUGGGCCAGGAUGUAUUUAGCAGACUGGGCUCGGGGUAAUGCAACGUAAUUGAGUGUAGAUUUUAUGAUGUUUAUAAUGUGUGUAUGCUUAGAAUUAGAGGCACUGUACACCUUUGGUAACUUGCCAAAUACCAGUAUUCUAAGUAAAGUUUCAUGGUAAUAGUUAUUUUGAGUAAUUACCAAUAGUGUCCAAAAGUGCUUCUGCUAUGCAUUUAAAUACAGGAACAAAAAGUUGUUUUUGUUCACCUCACAGCUCUGGGCCCACUUUUAUGGCUUUGCUUACCGCCGAUUCUGCGGUUACGAUCACCGUACUUAAUGUGCAAGCGCCAAAUUUCUGCGCUAGCUGUAUAAGGGAAGAAUGCCUAGUAACAUGGAGUCCGCUAGUGUGUGAAAUACACUUGAAGUAUUCAUGGAAUUCUCUCUGUAAGCACUGCUUCUUUGCUUGCUGUAAGCAGAGCCAUGAAAUAGGGCCCAGAUGUUAUUAUCACUCAUUUCUUAGCAUAAUUUCAAGCAAACUUAACUGCCUUCGUUCAGGGAAACAAAUUACAAUGUACAGUAUAGGGUCCUCCUUCUAGUGUUGCCCGUUUUUACAGCACAGAGUACCAGAUGAGGGUUGUAAGCAGCUUAUUAAAAGAAAGUACAACCAUCAGUGCUUCCAGGGCCCAAUUUUAUAGAGCUGCUUAACACAACAAUUUGCUUAGCAUGAAAUUUCUUCCUUGAUAAAAACAGGAUUACCCAAAAAAAUUCCACCAGAUUUUCCGGAUAAUCAAACAACCGCUGAAUACCAGUUACCACGCAACAUGCAACAAAUGGAAAUUUGGUUGGUAAUCCUGUUUUUAUCAAGGAAGAAAUUUCAUGCUAAACAAAUUUU